UUCUAUUCUCAUAUAUAUAUAUAUAUAUAUAUAUAUAUAAAUGACUUAGAAUUAAGAAAAUAAAUAUAAAAAGUAUCAAUAACUUGUUUAUGGAAAAAUUAGUAAUUUAAUCUUAACUAUUAAUCUUAACUUAUUUUAAUAAAAUAAAAAUACAUACUGCUUAUACCAAUCACUUUUACUUCUUCCUUUGAUUCUUUUUUUGUCUUAAAGUCUUUCCAUACAAGAGUGGUUAGCAUCAACUUUUUGAUGCGUUUUCGGAAUCAUAGACAAAGGCACUACAUCUGUUUGGCCACUCGAAAUCCACCAAAUGAGCGCAAAUUGUUUAUUUCUACGUGACAUUGCACUUAAUUGAUUAUCACCGGAAUUGAUAUCCUACAAUAAGCACACCUAAUGAUGCCAGAAAUCUUACGCAAUUAUGACAUCUCACCGAAAAAGAUAAUGAGAAUGACGAGAAUGACGAGAACGCAGGCGCGUUCCUACUCGUCUCUUGUUAUAAAACAUUUGACUAAAUAACAAUCAAAAAGUCAUCGAUAUCGAUUGACAUGUAUCGAAACGCAAGUCCCGUGUUAUAUAUGAAGGAAUAUAAUCAUUACCAAAAUUAACAAUAUGUCGUAUAAAUCGUUGCUAGAAGUUGGCCUGAGACAACGUCGUAACAGAUUAAAUAAUAUUUUCCGAAAUCAAAAUGAAAAAAUUAAACAAAUUCCAAAUCAACCAAAUAUUUCUGGUCAUAUAGGAUCUUCAUCACCUAAUUUUGUAAAGUAAGUUAAUUUCAUUAUAAUUUUUAUAAUAUAAAUCUAGAAAUAGCUAAAUUUAUGUGUCUGAAUACUUUUUUUAUUUUCAUUUGAACUCAUGUGUCUUAGACUAUGUAACAUAAUUAAAUAAAAAUUAUUAUUACUAUUAACAGAAAUGUAAACGAACUAAUCAGCAAGAAAUAGAAGAAAAUGAAGAAAUGCAACAAAUUCCAAAUAAUAAUGAUCAAUCUUUGGAAAUCAAUAGAGAUCAAAUCAUAAUUGAAUAUCAAAAGUAGCAGCGAGGAUAACAACAAUGAUUAUCAAUCAGAAAAUGAAGAGGAAUAUGAUCAAUGUAGCAAUGAAGAUUUAAAUGAAUCGAAUAUUGAUGAUAUAGAACAAGAUGAGGAAGAACGCGAGGAGCGAUUUAAUAAUGAAGCAAGAAAUAACGAUAAUUUUGAUCAAAAUCAACCAUUAUAUAAUGUCAUAAAAAAUGGUGCUGAAAUAACUGUUAGGGCAAGUAUGUUAAUAAUUUUAACUCUUCUUUUAAAUCAUAAUCUGGCAAUGUCAUGCAUAGAGGAUAUUAUUAUAGCUAUAGAAUUACAUUGCUUACAUGAAGGAUUAAAAAGAAAUAGUCUAUAUAAAUUCCGAAAGUAUUUUCGUCUCAAUCAAACUAAUAUUAUUAAACAUUACUAUUGUACGUUUUGCAUUCGAGAAUUAAGAACAAUAAAUGAUGAGUGUCCAUCAUGUCAUAAAAAGAAGAAUUCCUAUUUUGUUCAAUUACCUAUUGUAAACCAACUGAAGGAAAUGUACAUGAGAAAUGGAUUUUAUAAUAAACUUCAAUGGCGAUAUGAAAGACCAGUACCUAAUCCCGGGCACCAUGACAGAUAUUUAUGAUGGACAAUUGUAUAAAGCAUGGAUUAGUAAUGGUUUCUUAUCGAAUCGUUGUAAUAUUUCUUUUAGUUGGUACACUGAUGGCAUACCCGUAUUUAAAUCAUCAAAAAUUAGCAUAUGGCCUGUAUAUUUAACAAUUAAUGAAUUACCAUUUAACGAACGUAAAAAAAGAGAGAAUACUUUACUUCUGGGUUACUGGUUUGACAAUAAGAAACCACAUAUGAAUUCAUUCAUUUACAAGUUUCAACAAGAAUUAAAAAACAUUGCUGAAGGGAUCGAAAUUAAUCUUCCUGACAACAAUAAAAUUAUUGUCAGAGGAGUAGUUCUGAUGGGAACUUGUGAUCUCCCCGUUAAAAGUGAAUGUUUAAAUUUCACUCAAUUUAAUGGCAAUUUUCGUUGUCCAUCAUGCUUGUGUAAGGGUAAAAGAGUUCCAAUACUUCCAAAAGGUUUUGUUCACGUAUAUCCAUAUGAGGAUCAAUUACAAUCAAGGACAUCGGAACAGUCUAUUGAAUAUGCUAAUUUAGCAACGUCAGAUCACCCAGUUAUGGGAGUAAAAGGUUACAAUGUUUUUUCUAAAAUUAUGCCAGACUUUAUUAAAGGUAUGGGUAUUGUUACGUCCCGACAAGUCUCCUUUUUCUUCCGGAUUCCUUUUUUUCAUUUAACCGUCAUAUGCCAAUGUCACUCUGCCUUCAGACAAACUUUCUCUUUUAUGAUCCAUCCCAAAAUUCCUUUCCUAACAACCUCUCAAAGGACCAAGGUUGCACGCUUAGUCAUCUUCCCCGACAUAGCCUAACUUACACUUACUUAGACUUACACACGAGAUAUAUUUUUAUAGCAUUUUAAUUAUAAGUAAAUAUUAAGCAGGUCGCGCGUCCUGGAGGCGAAGCGUGACCAUAUCUCUUGAAUUGUUUUCUCAUAUAUCGAUAUAGUCACUCUCCAAGGUUCGGUUUAAAACGAUAUGUCUAUUGCAUAAUGUUAACGCACAGAUUAACGAUACCAAUAUUUGUAUUCCCGUUGUUUAAAAACAA